GAGAGGCGACUGAAGCGACAGAGAGGAGUUUGUUGUUUAUUCCCCGCUCGGAGAGGAUAAAACAGCCCGUAGUCUUUUUUAAAAAUGUCGGGAUAUGAUAACAACCCGUUCGCGGACCCAGCCGGUGACAACCCGUUCAAUGAUCCUUCUGUCACACAAGCGACCAACUCCAACUUAGAGUCGGUCGACCAGUUCAGCGCUUUCCCCGCUCAUCCCACAGACAGUUUAGCUGUUCACACCACUCCAGCCGCCCCCUACCAGCCUGCGGUGUUGCAGCCGUCUACAGAGCCCAGUCCGCAGGCGACUGCCGCUGCAGCUCAGGCCAACCUGCUGAGGCAGCAAGAGGAGCUGGAGAGGAAAGCUGCAGAGCUGGACCGCAGAGAGCAGGAGCUACAGAGCAGAGGAUCGGGAGUUAAAGAGAACAACUGGCCUCCACUUCCCAAAUUCUUCCCCAUCAAACCAUGUUUCUAUCAGGACUUCUCAGAGGAAAUCCCCCCGGAGUACCAGAGAGUCUGCAAGAUGAUGUACUAUCUCUGGAUGUUCAACUGUAUGACUCUGUUCCUCAACCUACUGGCCUGUCUGGCGUACUUCACCACUGAUGCAUCCUACGGUGUGGAUUUUGGCCUCUCCAUUCUCUGGCUUAUCCUCUUCGCUCCUUGUUCCUUCCUCUGCUGGUACCGGCCCGUCUACAAGGCCUUCAAGACUGACAGCUCCUUCAGCUUCUUCUUCUUCUUCUUUGUGUUUUUCUGCCAAGUGGUGAUCUUCAUCAUCCAGUCCGUCGGCAUCCCCAAGUGGGGCAACAGUGGCUGGAUCGCCGCCUUCACCAUCAUCGGAACGAACAAGGCAGUGGGAGCCAUCAUGAUCACAGUGGCCAUCCUCUUCACCAUGUGUGCCGUGCUGUCAGUCAUCCUGCUCAAGAUGGUCCACAGCAUGUACCGCCGGACUGGAGCCAGUUUCCAGAAGGCCCAGCAGGAAUUCUCCCAGGGCGUCCUAACCAAUAAGACCUUCCAAACAGCCGCCGCCGGUGCAGCAUCCACCGCUGCUCAGGGAGCCUUCCAGGGAAACAACUAAUGGUCGACUGAGCUAAACUAAGCUCUGUUUAAAAGGUCAAGGUUUAUAUGUUAUCAGGUCUAGAUAAACUAUUACAAAGCUGAAUCAAUCAGGAAGUUUGGCAGCGGCUGCAAAUUAAAAUCUAACCUUAUAAUGAAUAGACCUUGAACCAGGUGAGGCUACGUUAAUAGCCCCCACCUCCCCCUCCUUUCACCCCUCCCCACUAUUACUGCACAUACAAAUCCCCACGUUAUCUAUGCUUUUCAUGUCCAGCAUGUCUCCUGCAGAGCGACAUCAUGCGACUCUGCUGGGGUUUAAACAAAAAAGAAAAAAGCAGUCAAGGGGAAACUCUCACAUCUAGUGCAUCCUGGGGGUGGAAAGCAUGAAUGAAGUUGACUGAUUGCUAUUUCAGUGUGUCUUGGCUCUGUAUAUUUCGUGUGCACUUUUUUUCGGCAAUGCUCUUCAGUGUAAUGUGUGAUCGUGUACGUGCGUGAGUACUGGCAUGUUGGUCACAUGUAUUCAUGUGGCUGCAGUACGGUUUUGUUCCUCCACAGCGAGAGUGGACUUUGAUCCUGUAAUAUAUAAAUGAGAUGAAGUGUUUCUGUGUGUCAUUGAUUAGCAAUUUUUUCAAAUUUUUUUCAGUCUUGAAAAAGCAUUUCUCUUUAUUGUUUGAAGCCAGUUUGGCUUUUGCUUUCGCGUACCACACAUUUCAAUCAAAUGAAGAUGAAAAAUAAUAAAAAUUCAACAUAUAGUUUUGUAAUAGUAGUCCGCCUGAGUGUUUUGGACAUCAUUGUUACUGCAAUUAUUCAUUUAGGUCCAGAGUCUUUAAUUCAGUAAGAUAAAUGAAAGUCUUUGACAACAUGAGGGAGCCUCCAUCACUUUCAGAGUGUGGUACAGCAAACUUUUGUCUGAAACCAAAAUUUUCUUUAAGACAUUUUUUGGAAAAACCACUGUGGUGUCAGAAAAUUAGUGGAGUUCCUUUUUUAUUUUAUGUUCUAGUGAAUCUGCUCCUUCUUGUAUUCAGAUAAUGGUUUCUACAUUAAGAUCACAUCUGCAGUGAGAAUCAAUGCGCUUUGCCUCAGUUAUUUUCAUACCUGUUAACAGAGUGUAAACUAUGAUUUAGUUUCACUUUUAGGGAAUUUUUUCUUGCUUAAGCAUCAAACUAAUUCAUUUUUUUCUGUAUCAUAUUAAUGGUUGAUGAAGCAGCUUCAAGUAAAUCUUGUUUCUCCUGUUCGCUACCAUUGUUACUGGUUCCUAAGGAUACCAACGAAAUACUAACUACGAAAAAUUGACAAUAUCAAAGUAGAUUGACGGCUGAAAUUCGUACAGCUGGUUUUAAUUGGUCGAGUCAGUCUCAAUCUCUUGUUAAUUUCAGUACUAACAGUAUAGGCAGGAGGAGGGAAGGUUUAUUUUUUCAGGUAGAAGUGCUACAGUGUGAAUCAUUAGAAAUAAUCACAAUAAUGAAGUCUGACUGUCACUGGUAUGACAGGAGACGCUGGACAUGUUUUUCCUGAUGUGUAAUUUCUAUUAGAUCAGUGUGAAUUUGCCAUAACAUUUAAAAAGAGAGUCAAUGUCUCAGUAUCACCAGUAAGCAGCUAAUAUAUUGCAUUCUCAUUUUUUUUUUUAAUUAUUCAAAAGGAAUUUCAAUGCUCGACAGUCUUCUUCGUACCUCUGUAAAACUACCACCAAGCCCUAAAUUAUUUGUGUACUGAUGUAUAUUUUCUAUGUUAUUUCUCAUUUGGGGAAAAAAAAAAACAUGCUUAUGUAUGUUUUCCUUGAUGUACUGUUUUUAAAACAUCGGCUCAGAUGUAACAUAUGUCAAUAAUACAGCGAUCCCUGAAGAACAAAUGCAAAUCCAGAGUUUGUGUUUAACGUUCUUUUCAACAGAUAAUGGUCUAAUAUAAAGUUUGAUCCUACAUCCAUCAUGUUAUAGAAGAUUCGUAUUAAUUCAUACAUCUCUGUAUGCAUUGUGUUGGGAGAGCAGAUUUCAGUGCCUUUUGUAUUUCAAUAUUGAAUACAGCAUCUAAUAAAAUGCUUUGCUUUCAUUUAAA